GGGGCCGGCAAGUCAGCCCUGACCGUGAAGUUUCUAACCAGGAGGUUCAUAAGCGAGUAUGAUCCAAACUUGGAGGACACCUACGCCUCGGAGGAGCUGGUGGACCAGCAGCCUGUGCUGCUGAAGGUGAUGGACACCGCCGACCAGGACGGCCCCGGGAACUGCGAGCGCUACCUGCGCUGGGCCAGCGCCUUCCUCGUCGUCUACAGCAUCGAUGACAGGAAGAGCUUCGAGGGCUGCCAGCGCUAUCUGGAGGUCCUCGCCCUGCACGCGAGGGGCUGCCAGCGCCGCUGCCCCGUGCUCCUGCUGGGCAACAAGCUGGACAUGGAGCAGUACAGGCAGGUGCCCGCAGCUGAAGGGAUGUCCCUGGCGAGCAGGUUUGGGUGCCUCUUCUAUGAGGUGUCGGCAUGCCAGGACUUCUCAGGGGUGCAGCACGUCUUCCACGAAGCAGUGCGGGAGGUACGGCGCCAGGCGGAGCAGAGCCUGUCCGUCCGGCCGCUCUUCAUCACCGAGGAACGUUCCUGCCUGCCGGUGGCCACACCGGUCAGGUGCGACCCACCGGUCGCCCGUCCCCCUCGCCACGGCUUGGCCAGCUGCUCCUUCAACUCCCUCUCCACCGUCAACUACAAGGAGAUGCCCUCGGUGGCCCAGGCCAAGCUGGUCACCGUCAAGUCUUCGCGGGCUCAGAGCAAGAGGAAAGCUCCCACGCUCACCUUGCUGAAAGGUUUCAAGAUAUUUUAG